AUGCCUCCUGAUCCUUCAAAGGGCAGUGGUUCUGAAAGUAAAAACAGCCAGAAAUCUUCGAAGGAAAAUAUAAACCUAUAUGCUAUUCUAGAAGUAGAUAAGAACGCAACAGCUGAGGAAAUUAGAAAAUCCUAUCGUAGACUCGCACUAAAAUAUCACCCGGACAAAAACCUAAAAGAUCCUGGGGCUUCUGAAAAAUUCAAAGAAGUCAAUAGAGCACAUUCCAUACUAGCGAACGAGCAGAAAAGAAAAUUGUAUGACCGGUAUGGAGCUCUGGGAAUUUAUGUCGCGGAGCAUAUUGAUGAGGAAGACUGGAAGCCGUAUCUCGCUUUUCGCAACCCUUGUGUACAGUGCCUUGCUUGUACGUGUUUCUUGUUGACAUGCUGUUGUUGUUUCCUCUGUUGUUGUUACUGUUGUGGUACACUUUAUCCAAAAACUCCCCCUGUUCCCGACGAAAUGAAUGAAGCUUAUAACGAACCACAUUUUGAAAUCCCAAUGAACAAUGAUAAUAAUAAUACAGAAACUCUUGUCACUAAACAACCAGUUCCAGCUCCAGCUGUCAGUCUGUACACAGUGUCACCAACUACGUCGUCAUCAUAAUUUACAAAGAUCACAAAAUAAUUAAUAAUGACAAUAGUUCAACAUUCCAUAUUUCUUAAAACAAAACAAAAUUUUCAACUUCUUCUCUUUCUUCAAGGAGAACGUAUCAUGCACUAUAUGUCUUUCUUUAUAUAGCCUUUCUCGUCUUUAAUUUUGUUUAUUUUUCUGUAAUCUCCAUUCUGAUGUUUUUAACAAAUUCCUCCCUCCUAAAAAUAGAAAUAUUUUACUACUUUUCAAUUAAAAGGGGCUUUGGAUAUGUAUUACUUACUUACUUACUUAUUUACACCUGUUACUCCCAAUGGAGCAUAGGCCGCCGACCCUCUGGAUAUGUAUAAUGUUUAUUAUUUUUAUCAAUGUUUAUUUCUAAUGGAAUAAUAUGUGAUAUAAUUGUAUCUUUCCAUUAUACACACAGUUGUUGACCGUGGUUAAUUUGUAUAAAGCAUAUUUAUAUCUGGGAAUCAUUUGCUUUUUCUUUUAAUCUUCUAACCUUUCCUCCCUCCCCCACUCUCACUUAAUCAUGAUAAUGAUGGGAUUACAGGUUAUUACUUGUUACUAGACACUAUCUUUAUCUUUCAGUUUCAUCAUAUGAAAUAAAAUCUUUAUCCGGAAACAAUAUCUCCAUUGAAGGAUGUAAUUUUUUAUAUUGAACAAAUUUAGGUAAUGUAAGUAUUCUAUUUUGUAUAUCAUAAUUUUCUGUGUGAUUUCAAUGAACUAUGAUUGUUUUUUUAUGAGAAAAAUAAAGAGAAAUGUUUUUCA